AUGGCUUCACAAUCCAUACUGAUAAACAAUGGAGGAAAAUCUAAAUCUUCUUUGUGUUGCUGGUUGGUUCAUCACCCAACUGAAGAGUCAAUCGUUACUACCGAUACUGAUAACCAAUUGAUGGUGCUAUCACUCAAGGAUGAUAAAAUAGCAGAUCAAAGAGUAGUGAAAACAAAACAAAAAGAGCCAACUUGUGCAGUGUUUUCUUUGGAUGGAUGUCAUUUAUUUGUAGGUUCAAAGGAUAAUGUAGUAAAUUGCUACAAAUAUCCAUCAUUAGAGUUUGAAGCUCUCAUUUCUCGCUCUGACCAUACCAUUACCAGCUUGAGUAUUAAUAGGAAGAAUAUCAUUGCAAUUGGUAGUAUGUCAGAAAAAUUAUCAGUGCAGAUUAUUGAUGUUAGUAAUAAUGAGGAGCCAAAAACCAUUCGUACAAUUUCAACCCAAGGUGGCACUGUUUCUGUCAAAAUUAAUGACAAUGAUGUUAUUGCUUUAUUGAACAGAAAUAGAGAGUUUAGUUUAUUUAAAUUAGACGAGGAAGACAAAAUCUUUUCAAACUCAAACCAUAUUUCAAAAGAUUUACUCUCAUUUUGGAAUAAUCAAUCCAAGGCAGACGCCUUAUGUCCACUGGUUAUGUCAUGGCACUUGUGUUCUGAUUCUAUUAUAACUCCCAACUCUACUCUUAUUACUGAUAUUGAUGGUUGGAAAAAGUCAUCUCUGGGCAAGAUUGACGUAAAUAAUUACAUUGCAUCCUUCUCUCCAAACUCUGUACAUGCUGCAAUGAUUGAUAUAGAUAAGAAUAUCAACUUGUAUGAAGUUGAUUCUCUCACAUCUAAAAGACCAAGACCUUAUCAAUCACUUCAAAUGAAAUCUCUAGUGACCUCUAUUGAAUGGUCAGCUACAGACAACAAGUUUUAUGUUUGUACUCUUGAUGGAAAGGUUCAUCUCAUUAAGAAUUUUGUUAAUCUAAAAAAGCAAAAAACAACAUACAAAGCUGUUGAUUGUGAAAGGUAUAUCAAAUCUCUUCAAAUGAUGGAUGACGAUGAUAUUAUGUCUUUGAUAGAAACAGAGCCUCCAAAAAAACAACCAACCCCAAACAAAUCAAAGCCUAAAAUUCAUGAUGACAUCGAUUCGAUAUUGAAUGAUAGAGAAGAAGAGUUAGAGGAACAGGAAGAAAUAGAACCACUUGAAGUAGUGGAUCUUGAUCGUCCAACCCUAGUGGAAUCUCAAUUCAAAGAAGAUUCCCAUCACGCUUUUGAAACCUCUAUUCCUCUUGCUCCAUAUAUGCACAAGCACCAAGCUCUUCAACCAACUUCUUCUCCUUUUGAAAAGGUUGGAAAUGAUCACAAAAGAUACCUAGCUGUAACACAACAUAUUGGCUUAAUAACAGCCUCAGUUACCAACAUGACACCUGACAGAGCUCCUUACUAUAAUAUUCAUAUCAAAUUUAAUUUAGCAGGUCAUUCUGAAGAGAAAUACCAAGAUAAUAACAAACCGCACGUAGCAGCUCUUAGCGAGAAUGGUAUACUCAGACUCACUCACCAGGAUAAGGGAUGGAAAUCAAUUCUCCCCCAUGAUGAAAAAAUACUAUGUGUUACUCUUGGUUCCUCAUUUGUUGCUGCUGCAAUAGAAAAGGAAAAUAAGGGCAGUACUCGUACAUCUUUUGUAAAGGUUAAGACUAAAGAUAACUUAGACCUUGGAAAUAUUGCUAUUGGAGGAAAUAUUGUUUCAUUAUGUGGAUCUGAUAAUAAUUUGGUGAUUGUUUAUCAACAAGGUACAUGCUUAUUUUUGGAUUGGUAUGAUAUUAACAUGUUUUCAUGUGUAAAGGCACACAGACCUCUACCUUGUUCUGAACUUGCUUGGAUUGGUUUCGGUACAGGAACAAAAGACUUGCUUUACGUUUUUGACUCCACUCAAAUAUUGUACUUGAUGAACCCUGAUACUGACUCUUUCUCUGCUUGGUGUGAUUUGAAAAAGGGAGAAAAUACCCAUUUUAUUAGUAUUAUUAAUGACAGUACUAUCUAUUCAAUUUUAUGCAAUAAUCAAAAAGGUGUUCCAACCGCUACUCAUGAUAUGACUUCCUUCAAGCUCAACGCUACUAAUGUUGAGGAUGUAUUUAUUGGGUCAUCAAUAGAUUUAGAAAAAGGCCAUGACAAAUCUGUUAAACUUUCGUAUUUCAGAUAUUUUAUUAAGAAUAUAUAUUUCAAUCAAUCCUUCAGAAAGGGGAAUGCCACAAAGGAAGGUAUCGUUGAAAUUGAUAGAUUAAUAGUUACCAUCAUUACCAGAUGUAUAGAGCUUAAAGAAUACUCAGCUGCUUUGAAUUUUGCUAAACUAUUGAGAAUGAAGUCAAGCUUGAAUAUCAUUGCCAAUUUUGCAGAAUCUCAAAAAGAUAUCAAACUUUCUGCGACACUUAAGAAUACAGAGCUUUUUGUUCAAGAAUCUGCAAAGAACCCAGCAUGGCCUCAUUCCUAUCAACAAUCAGCCUUCGUUUCCACACCCUCAACCUCCACACAGUACAUGACAAAAGAGCAAGUCAGCGAAGUAGUGAAACAAUUGUUAAAGUCCAAUACCUCCUCAACCAAUGUAGAAAUAAUCAAUACAGUCUCUCCUGUAAGAAUUGAGAGCCAAUCACCUGUUUCAUCGCGUUCAUUAGCCACUAUUUCACCAACAAAAUCUGAUACUACAGAGGAUAAAUUGGAUGGUGAAGUGGAGUUCCAAUUCGAGUCUGAAUCAGCAAAACCUCUUGCCCAAAUGUUUUCUCCAAAGAGACCAAAGAAGAAGAGCAUUGAUAACAAUCUAAAGAAAAAAAUCACCUCUAAAUCGACUUCUGUUAGUAACUCAUCUUCUAAUCCUUUCCUUGCAUUAAAUGAGAAGAAUACUCCAGAGGAGCCUGUCAAGACCAAAGACUCCAACAAUCAGUCUUCCACCUCUUCAAAUAUUCUUUCCAGAAUUUCUAGUUUGGGGGGUGAAGACAAGAAGAGAAAGAGAGUGGAGGAGAAACAAACAGAAGAACCUACCAAACAAGUUGAAACAAAGAAAAAGAAGCAACCAAUUUCACAACCAUCCGUACUCGAGUUUGUAAAGAAGAAUGUGGCUAUUCCAAAGUUGAGCUCUUCAGAACUAAGCUCAACCACUAAAGAAGCUUUAUUUAGGGCAUCUCAAACAGCUCAAGAUGAUGAUGAUUUAGACGUGUCUGGAAUUCUUAAUUAA